AUGUCCAAAGAAUACGUUUACAUAGUUGCCGCUGCCCGUACGCCAAUUGGCUCUUUCCAGGGUGCCCUGUCGUCCUUGUCCUAUGUGGACCUGGGAGCCCACGCUGUCAAGGCCGCCGUUGAAAAAGUGCCUCAGAUCAAGCCGACCGAUGUGGAGGAGAUCUUCUUUGGUAACGUUUUGCAAGCCAAUGUGGGCCAGGCACCUGCCAGACAGGUCGCUUUAAAGGCUGGCCUCGGCGAGGACACUCCAGCCACCACCAUCAAUAAGGUCUGUGCCUCUGGUAUGAAGGCUAUUAUUUUUGGUGCCCAACACAUUCUGACAGGUAGCGGCGACAUUGUCGUUGCUGGUGGCGCUGAGUCGAUGUCCAACACUCCAUACUAUCUCCCAGGUGCUCGUGGCGGCCUGAGAUUUGGAGACGGCACCAUUGUGGACGGCAUUUCACGCGACGGCCUAAACGACGCGUACGAUGGAAAAGCUAUGGGUGUGGCCGCAGAAAAGUGUGCCUCGGACCACAACAUCUCCAGAGAGGAGCAGGACGAGUUUGCCAUUGCCUCGUACAAAAAGGCUCAAAAGGCCCAUGCCGAGGGCAAGUUCAAGUCUGAGAUUGCACCUAUCACCAUCAAGGGCACCAGAGGCAAGCCUGACACCGUUGUAGAGAUUGACGAGGAGACAGGGAAGCUGAAUGAGGCCAAAUUGAGAUCUGCCAGAACCGUGUUCAAGCAGGACGGCACUGUCACUGCUCCUAAUGCAUCGCCAAUCAACGACGGUGGAGCAGCCGUUGUCCUGAUGAGUGCCAAGAAGGUUGCAGAGCUCGGUGUCAAGCCAAUUGCCAGAAUCGUGGGAUGGGGCGAUGCUGCUCAUGCUCCAGUGGACUUCACAACUGCCCCAGCGCUGGCCGUUCCUAAGGCUGUCAAGCACGCUGGGUUGAAGAUGGACGAUAUCGACUUCUUUGAGUUCAAUGAAGCCUUCUCUGUUGUUGGUCUUGCAAACACCAUGCUUCUGAAUUUGGACCCAGCCAAGGUCAACGUCUACGGUGGUGCUGUUGCUAUUGGCCAUCCACUGGGAUGUUCCGGUGCCAGAGUUGUCACCACCCUGUGCUCUGUCCUUGAGCAAGAAAACGGCAAGUACGGUGCUGCUGGUAUUUGCAACGGUGGUGGAGGAGCCAGUGCAAUUGUCAUUGAGAGAGUGUAA